UUUUUUUCACCAUUUUAUUAAUGUUCGUUUAACUUCCAUAUAUUUUUAACAUACUAAUCAAACCAGAUAACUUUCACACCUUUAAAUUAGCCAAUUUUUUACUGACUUGAUUGAUUUGAAUAUAGAGUAAAUUCAAAGAAAUAUCCCAUCCAGUUUUGAAUAGACCAAAUCUACCAUAAUGGCUAUGUCUAGGAACUUUUCGGGUAACGACCCUAAUUCCUAUGGUAGUGAUGAUGCUUUCGAUACAUACAUCGAUAUGGACUUCUUAAGAAACAAUGCAAUGGAAGAAGAUGUAGAUUAUAGAAACAUGUCGAAUUCAGAUUCAGCUCCUAUGCAAACUGUUACUAGCGACUUUUCCUUGGUGACUAGUCCAGUUCCUAUUGCUGAGGAUUUAAAACUUACAUCGGUACCUGUAAUUGAGGAAACAAAUGAAACCGCUCAACAAGCAAUCGCUACUACUGCGGUUGGGCCGUCUUUGGCUAUCCUUAACGCACAGUUGGCCGAGUUGCUGGCAAAACUUCCUACAAUUAAACAAGAAGCCACUUCAGAUAAAAUUACCAGUCCUACCUCACCAAAGUCUAAUGCGACUCAGACACUAAAAUCAUCUAAUUUACUCAAUAACAAUAAUGCUCAUAAAAGCGAUGAUAAUAAUCAGGUUGAUAUGAAGAAAUUAUCAUCGAAAGAACGUCGCCAAAUUCGUAAUAAAAUUUCUGCUAGAAACUUCCGUGUAAGAAGAAAAGGUUACUUUCAAACUUAUAUUGUUUUCAAUAUGAACAUGAUACUGUAAAUUCAAUAACUAAACAAUUUUCUUUUUUAUUAGAAUAUAUUCAAAAUUUAGAAACUACAAAAGAGCAACAACAAGAGGAAAUAAAUUUACUUAGACAAGCCUUGUUGCAUUUGCAAGAAGAGAAUACAAAGUUGCAACAAGAAAUUGAAGAAUUGCGUAAACAAAAACAACAAA